AUGACCGACUUUCCUUUGAGAUCAAUCCUCCACAGCCCUGAUGCUUCUCAGCGACUCAUGAAGUGGGCUAUAGAGCUAAGCCAAUACGACCUCUUAUACCGGCUGAAGACUACAAUAAAAGCUCAAGCCUUAGCAGACUUUGUUGCAGAAUUCACACCAUCAGCCAAAGAAGAGAAGCUGUUCAACAAAAAGAAGGAAAGUUUGAGAGCAGACAAGACCUCUACUGAACUUGACCAACCCAGAGACAUGUGGCAGUUGCGCGUAGACGGAGCGUCGAACCAGAAAGGAGCUGGAGCAGGCGUCGUCAUCAUCACCCCAGAUGGAACCCUGUUAGAGCAAGCUAUCACGCUUGGCUUCUCGGCUUCAAACAACGAGGCAGAGUACGAGGCAUUGCUCGCUGGCUUGCGCUUGGCAAAUGAGCUAUCAAUCAAAAAGCUGGCCAUCUACUCAGAUUCCCAGCUGAUCACAAGUCAAGCCUCAGGAGAAUACAUGGCGAAGCACCCAAGGAUGAUAUUGUACCUUGACAAAGUUCAAGAGUUGUUGAAGGCGUUUCCCACCUUCACCACAGCAAGUUCCCAGAGCAGAGAACGCGCACGCAGAUGCACUGGCAAGCUUAGGAUCGGCGCUGGAUACCCAGUUCAAACGUUCCAUCCCGGUCGAGCACCUUGA